UUAUUGGUAAACUAUCCUUAGCUCAGUACUGGUACUUAGCUCAGUACCAAUAAAACGCUAUACUUAGUUUUAAACUGAGUACUAUUUUUUUAUCUAAAAGUUGGUACCACUGUGUUUAAAUGUCAAAAAAAAAAUAUAUCAAAGGUUCCCGUCAUGAGAAAAAAACUAAUUAUUUGUUAAAAAUAAACUAAAAUGGACAACGAGUUCUUGUUAUGGUUCCUAGAAUCAUCGUCAAGCAGUGAAAGCUCUUCAUCUUCAGAGGAUGAAACCAGAAUAAUUUUUGAUGAUCCUUCAACUGAUGAAGAAACACAUGUAAACGUUUCCAAUUUUAUGGAAACUAUUGAGGCCUUCAGCGAUUCCGAUUUUCAAUCGCAUUUCAGGCUGAGAAGAUUAACCGCGGAGCAAUUGAUUGUAAAAUAUGCUCUAUCUGCUUUCUUUCCAUCACCCUCAAAUCAUGGAGGGAAACCAAAAAUUGAAGCCAGGAAGGAAAUAUACCUUUUUGUUUGGUAUAUAAGUAAUACCAUUACAUUUAGGCAAUUGGGCAACUUGUUUGGUAUGGCCAAAUCAACAGCAUGGGCUGCAGUUGGACGUGUGAGCAGCUGGUUAGUUUCAGUGGGACAUGAAUAUAUCAAGUGGCCUCAAGGAGAUUUUGUUGAACAAACUUGCUCCAGAUUUGAAUCCAGAAAGAGAAUACCGGGUGUGAUUGGUGCUAUAGAUUGCACCCACAUUACAAUUGCCGCUCCAAGGAUCAACAAAGAAUGCUAUUACGAUCGAAAGCAAAAUUUUUCUAUCGUUUUGCAGGCGGUUGUCAAUGCAGACAAAAUGUUCACCGACGUAUGCUGCGGUGAACCAGGUUCCCUGCAUGACAGUAGGGUUCUCAGAAGAUCGGGAUUAUAUCAUCAAGUACAAGAGAACUUCACCCGUCUAUUUCCAUCCAACACAUUUCUUUUGGGUGAUUCAGCCUACGCGGCUUCGAAUUGGAUCGUCCCACCUUAUAAGGAAUACGGUCAAUUAAAUGAUCAACAAAAAAAUUUCAAUUUUAUUCAUUCUUCUACAAGAAUGGUAGUUGAAAAUGCCUUCGGGCUACUCAAAGGAAGAUUCAGGAGAAUAAACAAGUUCACCGAGCAAAGAAACUUGAAUUCUGUUAAGAAAAUUAUUGUAAGUGCUUGCGUUUUGCAUAAUUUGUGCAUUCUCAACGCCGAUAACAUUAUUAUUAACGAGCCAACUCCAGCUCCAACUGAAGAACCACCACCGGAGGACAACAUCGCAAACCCGGAGCCUAAUUUACAUGGAAAUCGACGAGAGAGACUAUUCAGUCAACUUUGUCAAAUGAAUAUUCUUUAAUUAAAAGAAAAUUAUUAGUAUUUCCGACUUUUCUUUAAACCAUUGGUAAAAUUUUUGUGGAAAUUUUUCAAUUUAACGAAAUUAGUUGAGUUUGCUGCACAAGAAAUUAUGCUAUUUCCAAAAUACUUUUAUCCUAUUGAGAUGAAUUAAACGCAUAUUAGUGUGAACUGAGGUCCUUCAAAUGU